AAAUCUCUAGACCAUUAGUAGUGUGUCAAGAGCACCACCAACACAAAACCACAUAUGUCUGCCGAAUCUGCGCCGCCGGUGGACCAAAUGUCCGCCGUUACCCUAAACGAUGCCGUGGAGGAGGCCCGAUUCUCGAAGCGUGUUCCGAUCCGGAGCAUACUGGGCCGUCCCGACGGUGGUGCUGGGCUGUCCGGCCAGAAGGUGAGGGUCGGGGGCUGGGUCAAGACCGGCCGAGAGCAAGGCAAGGGUUCGUUCGCGUUCUUGGAGCUCAACGACGGCUCGUGUCCGGCCAAUCUUCAGGUCAUCGUCGACGCCUCCGUCGCGCCUCUCGGCCAACUGGUGCCCACCGGCACGUGCGUCCACGUGGAAGGCGAACUCAAGGUCCCUCCCGAAGGGACGAGGCAGAGGAUCGAGCUUAGGGUUCAAAAGGUUUUGGAUUUGGGGACUGUCGAUCCGGCCAAGUAUCCCUUGCCCAAGACCAAGCUAACCCUCGAGUUUCUCAGAGAUUACGUCCAUCUUCGCCCCAGAACCAAUACGAUUUCUGCUAUUGCUCGGAUCAGGAAUGCACUGGCUUAUGCAACCCACACAUUCUUCCAAAAGCAUGGGUUUCUCUAUGUGCACACUCCAAUUAUCACCACUAGUGAUUGUGAGGGUGCUGGUGAGAUGUUCCAAGCCACAACAUUGAUUAAUGAUGCGGAAAGAUUGGAGAAGGAGCUGAUUAAGAAUCCUCCUCCAUCAGAAGCUGACGUUGAAGCAGCCAAGAUUAUUGUCAAAGAGAAAGGAGAGGCUGUCGCGCAACUAAAAUCUGCUAAAGCAAGUAAGGGGGAAAUUAGUGCCUCUGUGGCUGAGCUCACAAAGGCGAAAGAGAAUUUCUCAAAGCUGGAAGAGAGAUCUAAGCUUAAGCCUGGGAUACCUCAAAAGGAUGGGAAAAUUGAUUAUUCCCAGGACUUCUUUGCACGUCAAGCAUUUUUGACUGUUUCUGGGCAACUACAGGUUGAAACAUUUGCUUGUGCUGUGAGUAAUGUCUAUACAUUUGGGCCAACUUUUCGAGCUGAACACUCUCACACCUCAAGGCAUUUGGCAGAGUUCUGGAUGGUGGAGCCUGAAAUAGCAUUUGCAGACAUUGAGGAUGACAUGAAUUGUGCGGAGGGGUAUGUGAAAUUCUUGUGCCAGUGGUUACUUGACAAUUGCCUUGAUGAUAUGGAAUUUAUGGUUAAGAAUUUCGAUAAAGGUGCCAUUGAUCGAUUAAGGAUGGUAGCUUCAAGUGACUUCAUCCGUGUUUCUUACACCGAAGCAGUUGCCAUUCUUGAGGAAGCAGCAAAAGAGAGGCAGUUUGAGAAUAAAGUGGAAUGGGGCAUUGAUUUGGCAUCUGAACAUGAGAGAUACUUGACUGAAGUGAAAUUUAAAUCACCUGUUAUUGUGUACAAUUACCCAAAAGGGAUCAAAGCAUUCUAUAUGAAGGUUAAUGCUGACAACAAGACAGUUGCUGCUAUGGAUGUGCUUGUACCAAAGGUGGGAGAACUAAUUGGAGGAAGCCAGAGGGAAGAACGUUAUGAGGUGAUUAAAGAAAGGAUACUAGAGAUGGGGCUGCCUCUUGAGCCAUAUGACUGGUACCUUGACCUGCGGCGCUAUGGGACAGUAAAACACAGUGGGUUUGGUUUAGGCUUUGAACGGAUGAUUCUUUUUGCCACGGGGAUUGACAAUAUUAGGGACGUUAUUCCCUUCCCCAGAUACCCAGGAAGAGCAGAUCUGUAACAAUUGUUCAUGGAUGCUAGGGUUUUGCAUCUAUCUAUAGCUUUUGCUUAACCUUAUAAUAAAUAUUGUUGUUUCUCAUUCUACACAAAAUUGAAUAUUAGAACUAUAAUAGUGAAUUUGUUGUUCUAUGAAAGCCUUUUGUGAUACUACCUUUAGGGAUUUUUGUAAGCAAGAUUUAUUCUGCGGUUUAAUUCCAAGUCAUUGGUUCAGAGCCCUGCUGUUUGCUGA